AUGAACGAGAGUGACGCAAGAGAACGUAUAAGGCAGAUGAUCUCCUUCGUCCAAGAAGAAGCGAAAGAAAAAGCCAGAGAAAUCGAAAGCAAGACAGAGCACGAGUACAAUUUAGCCAAAGCUAAACAUCUUCAUAAUGCUAAAGAAAAGCUCACCGCUGAGUACGAAAAGAAGUGGAAGCAGCUGGAAGUCAAGAAAAGGAUCAGCAAGUCUACAGCAAUCAACGCAGCACGCAUGGAAAUCAUGACGACUAGGAACAACUGUAUGAAUCAGCUGCUUGAAGAUACCAAGCACUCAAUCCUCCAAAAUAUCAAGACUAACCCAAACCAGUAUAAGGAUUUCUUGAAGAGACUGCUUGUGCAAAGCUUCAUCAAGAUGCUGGAGGCUGAAAUCACCCUGCAGUGCCGCAGAGAAGACUUAGCUUUGAUUGAACAAGUUCUCCCUGAAGCAUCUGCAACUUAUCUAGACAUGAUCAACAGCCAAACUUCAGGACACUACAGCUUGAAUGUGACUAUCGAUAAAAAUAACUUCUUGCCGCCUGCACCAGUGGCUGAUUCUCAUGCGGCAAGCUGCUGUGGAGGAGUCAUUCUUACAUCUCAAGGUGGGCUUAUUAGAUGCAUCAAUACGAUUGACGAAAGACUUGAGUUGGCUUUCAAUAACACUGUCCCAUUGUUAAGAAAGGUAGUGUUUGGUAAUUAA